AUGGCCAACAACAGAGCAACUAAGUCUGGAUUUGCCGCCGAGGCUCAGAGAAAGAUCAACAGCAAAUAUAGCGAAGAGCUCGCACAGGAAAGUUUGGAAUGGGUGCACGCUAUCACCGGUGACCCCAUUAACACCUCCGGUGACAUGGACAACUUCUACGAAGUUCUCAAAGACGGCACUCUGUUAUGCAAACUUGUAAAUAACAUCCAACCGAACAUGGUGAAGAAAAUCAACGAAUCAAAGAUGGCAUUCAAGUGCAUGGAGAAUAUCAACGCUUUCCUAGAAGCUGCAAAGACUCUCGGAGUGCCAGCCCAGGAGACCUUCCAAACAGUCGACCUGUGGGAGAGGCAGAAUCUCAAUUCAGUCGUCAUAUGUUUGCAGUCACUCGGCAGAAAGGCCGGUAACUACGGAAAGCCUUCCAUAGGGCCAAAAGAAUCUGAGAAAAACGUACGAAACUUCUCCGAAGAGCAACUAAGGGCCGGACAAGGCGUCAUUUCACUGCAGUACGGCUCCAACAAAGGUGCCACCCAGAGCGGCAUCAAUUUCGGCAACACGAGGCACAUGUAA